AGCGUUAUGUGUAAAAAGUUACGAAGUUGGACCUGUUGUUCUUUUAGGAAAUGUUUAUGUUAUAGGGUAUGAGUUAGUUUAAGUGGAACUUUUUUAUUAACCAUUGCCGUCAACAAAUUAAAUAAAUCAUUUUGUUUGAUCGGUAAGCAUUCCAUUAGGCAAGAAGUGAGAUUUCUCUGCAUGUUUUAUUUUUCAUCACAUUAUUUUGGUGGACAGUUUUACAAAAUCUACCAUGAAGGAGGAAGUUUAUGCUGCAGUGAAUUUUUUGACACGACUUGUAAGAACAAAUGAAAACCUCAGUGCUGACCAAGUUGAGGUUUUUCAGCGAAGUUUGGGAUCAAUCCUAAUGGAUAAGUUCAAAGGACAUUGGUUUCCUGAAAAACCCUGUAAAGGACAAGCAUAUCGUUGCAUCCGAGUGAAUGGAAGGGAGAGAAGGGAUCCUGUCCUUGAGCAGGCAGCAGAAAUGUGUGGGCUUCAGUAUGAAAAUCUAAAAUUACCUGUGGAGUUAACUGUGUGGGUGGAUCCAUUAGAAGUUUGUUGCAGGUUUGGUGAAGAUGAUGGUUCAUAUUGUACAGUUGCAUCUUUUAAAGACAACAAAGAAAAUUUGAAUGACAAUUUAAAUAUUGAAGAUCUUGAUUUACAGUCAUCAAUUACAAAUCAGAACUUGCCUGACUGCUCCAAAAAACAGAAGAUUCGCCGAAAGACUGCAGAAAGGCAAAAAAAGCAUGCAGGGUCUCGAAACUUCAUCAUGCCUCAAAGUUCUCUUAAAGGAUUCUACCCUAAAGGUCCACAACAGAUCAAUUCUAAAAAUGGUCUAAGUCAUCAGUCGUACUACUUUGACUGGAAUCCUGCAACCAUUCCUUUACCAUCAUCCAGAGUCUCUCGUGCCAACGGGUUCUGCCCUCAGGAUUCAUUUUUGGCCCGUCGUCCAAGAAAACCAACUCGAUCUACUUACCCCAACGAUCGAUACCAUUGGGCAAAAAAGUGAUUGUUACAUAGAAAAAUGUAAUCAUUUGUAUAGAAAUUUUCAGAUUUUAAAUUUGUAAUUAAAUUACUUUUUUUUUUUAGUUUUUUUAAUAACCAUUGUUUAAUUGAUUUCAGAGAUUUAGGAAGUCAGAUAUAUAAAAUCCGGUGUUUUAAUUCAUGUGUGGGCUUUCAAAGAUACAGAAUGCUUUGUAAAUGCAUUAUAUUUUUAUUAAAGUAUGUUUUAUGAGAUUUAAGUAUGUGUUUGAAUUUUUAGAUUCUUAUUUUCAAGGAAAAAUUUAUUUUAUUUUUUAAUGUAUUACUGAUGAAUUUUUUUAGUAUUAUAUUAUGUUGAAGUUGAAAGUAUUUAUAUAUUGAUAUGUAUUUUACAACAUAUUUCAGUUCAAAUUUGAAGCAUAUUUGUAUUUUUGUGGUAAUUGCAGUUCUGUAAGAUAUACCUCAGGUGAAAUUGCAUAACAGAAUGGUAAAAUGGGUAUUUAUCGAAACGCACAAAUAUCUGAAAAUGUUUCCUUGGCAGACAUAUCGAGAACUAUAUGAGGUGACUGUGGUGUGUUUUCUCAGGAUGUAUGUGUGUUAAAUUCCGGUGAUGUUAAGUUUUGUAAAGUUAUCACAGUUUAAAUAUCUAUUUCUGUAAUUAAAUGUGUAAUUACUCAUUACUGUUUUUAUUAAGAUUUAAAUGUGUAAAUCUGCUAAAUUCAAAUUCGUAACCAUUAUCAGACCUUCUUAUAAUACAUAUCUGUACUAGUCUUAUUGAUUCAUUUAUUAGCAGUGUGGCAUCUUUGGUUUGAAAUGUAUUUUUCAGGGCAUUAAAAGUUCAAUUUGUUUCAAGGUAAAAAUUGUUUCAGACAUUUUAAAAUAUGUAUCAUCUUGUUGAACUGCGAACUUUCAUCAUCCAUUUUUGAAUGCCAUUGAGUAUUGUAGUGUUUAAUGUGUUUGUAUUUUCGAAUGCUUCAAGGUGGAAUGGCAAAAGAUCAAAGUGCCCACCAUUGUUGUGAAAAAGUGCUUACACAGUUUUUUUGAUACCAGCAUUAAAACAGCCAGUAUUUUAAAUAAGUGGAGUGCACUAAAACCUUAUGCGGCGAGAAAUUUGAUACAAGUUUCUGGCCUUGCUCUGUAGGUGGUGGUUCUGCAUAUUCGUUCACAAAUUCUGCUGCCUGCAGAGUAUGGUAUGCUUUAAACUCCUGAAGAUCGCAAGUUUGCGAUCUGGCGAUAGCCGAUUGCCCGGUUCUAUUUCAUUUUGAAGCACCAGAGUUAAAAUAUUCUUUUAUUCUCUGCUUAAACCUUGAAGAAGCAAUGUUUUAAAAUAUGGUUAAUAUUUUCUUUGUUAUAUGCUGUUGCAUUGUGCAUUGUUGGAAACAAGUAGCAGCAAAUGUAAAUUAGUGUGCUUAUGAACUAAAAUGUGCCAUUUCCAUAGCACCAUUGGCAAUAAUUUGCUGGUAAGUCUACCUUACUGUUACUAAUUAAUCUUACACUUUCACAAUAUGCUUUUCAUAAGUCAUAUCUCAUAUCAUUUUGAGGGAACUAGUGCACUCUCAAUUCUUCGUUGAUACUAUGCACAAUUCAUGACUUGGCAAGUAAAUAUUAAGAAGAAAAAAAAAUUUAGAAAACAACAAAUAAAACAAUAUUAUUAUGUUAAUAAUAGAACUCAGCCUCAGAGCUAAUCUGAUUAUCUCUGAUAAUCACUAGCGAAAAUACAAGGACGCACAUAGUGGCAAAUUAUUUGAUAUGGAACUCAUAAGUAUCAAACGUUUAAAAUUUUUCAUAGUCAUUUGAAAAAUUCAAACUUUUUUUUUUUUUUUUGUUUUGAUUUUAGAACAGGUCUGUCUAUUUUGCAAAAUGAUUCUAACAUAAGCGUCUGAUAUUCACUACCGUUUAAAUUUAACGCUCAUGCUCUUUAUGUAACCAAAGAGUUUCUGAGUCUACCACAUCAGAAUCCAAUACAAUCGGUGCCCGCAUUCAGGAAGUUUCCCAUUUAUUUUAUAAAGGCCUUGGUGCACUCCUGGCUGUCUAUUCAUGUUACUGAACAAAUACUUUUUGUAAUGUGUCAAUUAUUUUUCAAUAAAAGUGCAUGGAUGUUGUUUUCA